AUGAUUAAGGACCGGGAGAAGCUACAAAAACUUUUGAGCAAGGUUAAAGAAGCCGAGAGCGGAGGUGUUUCAAAAUCUUUAAAGAAUUCUAUACUUUCGAAAAAAGCAACAUCAAGAAAAGGAAUUGAGGAAUCUUUUGGUCUUAUGGAGCGAAAUGCGGUUGACAUGAAAAUAAUUAGAGGAUUGUGUGCUAAUGGUAUCCCGUUUAACGUCUUGCGGAAUCCACAAUUUAUUGAAAUGCUCAAUGCACUCAAGAAGGCACUGGAGGGAUACAAACCUCCGUCUAGUGAAAAAGCAAGAACCGUUUUGUUAGAUGAGUGUAUGAGAGAUGUUGAGAAAGACCUAACCCAAGUCAAAGAUAUUUGGUACACGCAAGGGGUUUCUAUUGUUUCCGAUGGGUGGUCGAAUGUCAAACAUAAGCCACUCAUCAAUGUUCUUGCGGUGAAUGCCUGUGGUUCUAUGUUUAUGUACGCGGAAGAUUUCUCGGGAGUCGAAAAAACAGGAGUGGAAAUCUCUAAGUAUCUUCUUGGAGCUAUCGAUGAGGUUGGACCGAGCAACGUUUUGCAAGUGGUCACGGAUAACGCAGCUAAUUGCAAAGCUGCCGGAAGAGAAGUCGAGAAGUUGUUAAGGGUGGCUAAAACAAGGUUUGCAUCUCACUAUAUUUUGUUUAAAAGAAUCAAGGAUUGUAGAGAGGCUCUUGCCACAACUAUAGUCCUUAAUUCUUGGAGGGAGUGGCUUAAAAAUGGAGAUGAAAAUACAAAAGUUCUUGGUUUAAAAGUUGCGGAUACAAUCAAAGAUGAUUUGUUUUGGGAAGAUGUAGACAAUGUUUUAGCCAUUACAAAACCCAUUUUCCUACUCAUCAAGUUUUGUGAUGGGGAAGGUCCUAAAAUGGGUGAGAUUUAUGAAAAAAUGGAUAACAUGUUGGGGGAGAUUAAAGACAUUAUGCAAGAAAAUACGUAUUCAAGCUAUUACCCGGAAGUCGAGAAGAUAGUGUUAGCUAGAUGGGAGAAAAUGACAAUCCCAUUACAUUGUUUGGGGUUUGCAUUAACUCCAAGAUUUUAUGAUAGACAAUAUCUUCAAAAGUUAGCACCGGGGGGUAUUCCAAGGAAAGCUCCAAAUCUAGAUAAAGAGGUUGUGAUUGGUGUCAUGAAAGCAUUCCAUAGAAUGUCCGAAAAUGAAGAGGAGGAACAAGUGUUACGAGAACAAUUCGCAACAUUCCAUAUGAAAAAAGGAAUCUAUUCCAUGGCGGCAACACAAACGGAUGCCGUGACAAUGGAUGCAAUAGAUUGGUGGUCAACAUAUGGAGCCGAAACCCCGGAAUUAGCCGUGAUAGCAAAGAAGGUACUUUCCCAACCGAUUAGUAGCUCUUCGGCGGAAAGAAAUUGGAGUACCUAUUCUUACAUUCACAAUGUGAAAAGAAAUAGGUUAAAUUGCAAAAGAGCCGACAAAUUGGUUUUCAUUCACUCCAAUAUUCGACUCCUAUCUCGUUUCUCGGAUUCAUAUAAAGCAGGCCCAUACAAAAAGUGGGACAUGAAUCCCGAAAACACUUAUAUUGAAGGCUCAAGUUCACGAUUAGAAGAAAUGUUUUGGGAGAAUUUAGAUGAAGACAUGGAGAAUGGGCAAAGAAAAAGACAACGCGUGGAUUGA